UUAAUUUUCAGCGUCGGAUCGGAUGGAUCGCUGUAGUCUUGUGAGUCCAAUCGCGUGAGAUCCUUGCGGAACAAUGAUAAAGUGGAAAGUGUGGGUGGCGAUCAUUUCCGGAUUGUCGUUGAUUUGUCCGGGAAUAUGUGAACCGAUUAAAAGAUCCGAAUACAACAAAAUGCCAAAGCUGUUUCAGUACGAAUAUUACGACGAUUGUUUGUUCGCCGAUCCGGAAGUGGAGGCAACCUACUGUAUGGUGCGAGCCGUGAUAAAACCGGACAACGGUUCCGAACUGUGGAGGUUGAUUGAAGAGUUUUCCAGCAAACGGAAGCUGCAUUUGAACCACGCUGCGUUGGAUCGGGGAAUUUGCAUCGGUGAUGUGAAGGAAAUGAUGGAUAAGUAUCGAGGGGUCAAUGUCAGCGAACUGGUGGUGCCAAAAUUUGAUAUCAAUUUCCCGUACAAAAUCAAACACGAUGCCUUCAAAAACACAGCGGCCUAUAUUCAAAAUUAUUCCGAAAUUGCCAGCAUUAUCAUCAACAAGGAUUUGUCCGAAAAACAUGGCCUCAAAGCAUACACAGAGAUCGAAUACUGUGAUCGAACUGGAGUUGAUGAAUUUCCCAUUGAUAACCUGGACAUUGCCUUCGUCGUCAUCAUGGCCGUGCUGAUCAUUCUGGUGUUCCUCUCCAGCUGGUACGACUACCAGUGCAAAGUCGGUUUCGGCCUCAAUCACUACCGCGAGGAUUUACCCACUCAAAAGUCCAUGCUGCUGGCAUCGUUCUCCGUGAUCCGUAAUUGGUACCGGCUGACGGUCCGCGCGAGGGAACCACUUAACCGGGACCUUCGGGUUAUCCAAGCGGUUCGGUACCAUACCUUCACCCUGACGCUGAUUGGCCAUGCCAGCAUACUGGUGCAACCGCGAACCGGGUGGGUUUUGGAGCAAAAGUACCGGGAGCUGCAGACGAUGAUCAUUGUCAAUGGGUUUCAGAUUGUAUCGACGUUCAUCGGAAUCAGUGGGUUGGUUUUCACGAUCAUGUUCAUUCAUAAGAUGCAGGAAUUGGGCAAGAAGCCUGGAUGGUUGACGAUUAUUACGGUGACCGUUAAUCGCUACAUUCGGCUAUCUCCGGUCUACGCAUUGGUGUUGCUGUUCAAAACUACAUGGUUCAUACGGCUUCAGGAUGGCCCGUUCUGGCGGAGAGGUGUGGAAACGGAACGAACCUUCUGCCGUCGGAACUGGUGGAUCAAUCUACUGUACUUCAACAACUACUACAAACUGGAAGAACCGUGCAUGCAACAUUCGUGGUUCUUGGCCAGCGACUUCCAGCUAUCGAUCAUCGGACUGAUAGUUGUCACAGCGGUCGUAAGGUUCCCGAAGAUUAAGGUGUUCCUUUUAGCCAUGGUAACAGGCAUAUCGGUGUUCAUUCCGGCCGUCGUUGUUUACAAAAAUGGCCUCGACGGUGUGACCAUCUUUUCACCAGAAGCCAGGCGUUUCAUAUUUUGGUACGACGAAGUAUACCACAAAACCUACCUGCCGACUCACAUGAAUCUCAUCAUCUACAUGUUUGGAAUAAUCACUGGACUGCUGUAUUUCCAGUUCAAAAAGAGCAACUGCAAUUUUGGCACGCACUGGCUAUUCCGCAUCACCUGGUACUCGCUGUUUCUUCUUGGACCGGGCCUCUUCCUGACGGGACGCAUAUUCUAUGUGAACGAUUUCCCGAAACCAUCGCUCUGGAUGUCGAUCUACUUUGCGGCGGCUCGCGUACUGUGGGCCCUAAUCAUCGUGGUUGGAUUCUUCGGUUUCGUUUACCGGGUUAACAAACCCGUCACCCGGCUGCUGAGCAUUCGCUUCUUCGAAAUCCUUGGUCGACUGACGUACGGAGCGUAUGUUGUACAUUUCUUCAUCAUCAAAAUGAUGUUCUACAAUGUGCGGGAGCUUUCCAACUUGAGCGUUUUCGAUAUCUCAACAAAACUCCACGGAACACUGUACCUUUCGCUUAUCCUAUCACUGGCUAUGGCCUUGCUGGUAGAACUGCCCAUAUCAGCGAUUCAGAAACAGUUACUGGCGGGACUAAUGAAGCAGAAGAGACGAGGCAGCCAUAACCACGUGGUGCCCGAGGAAAACGCAAACGGGAAGAAGAAUACACCCACAAACAACGGCGGAUAUGCUAAUGAUGCUUUCAGCAGCUCCUUCAAAGAAAACGUUGAAUUGCAGCAGCGACUGUGAA